GCGCGCGCGGCGCCAGCCGGCUGUCUCCGCUGAGGGGAGCAACGGGCCCUUGGCUCAGCCACGGCGGCCGGAGCCCGCGCGGCGCUGCUGCUGCUGCUGCUGCUGCUGCUGGCGGCAUUGCACUCGAGAGCGGCGCUCGCGGCGAGAGAUUGGGGCGUGCGCCGCCCCCGGCGCGUGUCACGGAUUAGGCGAGGCGAGCAGCGGCGGGCGGCGGCAGCAGCAGCAGCAGCGCCUGGGCUCGGCUCCGCUCAUUGUUGGGCCAUUGUGGCGGCGGCGGCGGCGACCGGCGGCUGCCGCCACUUCUCUCUAGCCGAAGCCCUCAGGCGAGGCGGACUUGACGCGACUCUCCCGGCAGCCAUGGCUUUAUGGUAAGCUGGCGCGCUUUCUCCUCUUCGAAGGAGAGGUAUCGAAACGGGGAUGGCUUUGCUGCAGAGAGAUGGAGGGCGGGGAAGGGGGCCGCGGGAAGGCAGUCGGAGGAGGGGGGGGGCCUGCCGCCCUCGUCGUGCCCCACGGCGUUCGCCAGGCGCAUCUGGCCGACCCCUCCCGGAGGCGCAGGGCUGGGCUGCAGGCACCUUGCGCUCCCAUUCCGAAAGGGCCCGCUCUGACGCGUUGACAAGGCGCCGACCCUCCGCCAGACAAACAUGUGUGCCUCGAGGGGCGGGGGAAGAAGCCUCGAAGCCCUUGUCUUCCUAGUUCCGCCUCUUGCUGCCACAGCCGGCGAGGAAUCUCGAGCUUAGGGAAUCGGGAAGACGUGCUCUCUGGCCGAGGCUGAUCUGACAUAUCUCUUUCCCUGGCCAUUAUUAUAUACCGCGUUUCCCUAGAGCAUCGCCGCUCGGGAACAGGCUGUGCUGGAAAGGUGCUCUUUGGUUGUAUGAUCGGGGUGGAGUUGAUCUGGACAACGGGGCGGGCGGCAGUUCCCACCCCCUUUGAAAUGUGACAGCAGCUUCAGUCGUUUCCAGAUGCCAUUUGUUUUUAAAGGGAUAAUUGGAAAGGAGUGCACAUUUCAAAAACAACAUUAUAGAUCUCCCCCCCCCUUUAAAAGCAGACUGCACAAACCCCUUAACAGGCCCACUGGGAUUUGCAAAUCCACAUAAGGAUUUGCUACCCCAUCCCCGCCUCCAAGCACCCCCCUUUCCUGGUAAGUGGCGUUUGCCCUAGGGAUUUUAUGGCAUCUGUACCUCAGACUCAUUCUUCACUUCAGAGCUGCAGUUUUCUCUUUGCCUGCCCUCAGCACUUUCGCAGCUAUGUUAUUGAUUCCCCAAGGACUUGCAGGUUGCAUCAAGAUGGCCUUGAAUGCAAUACAAAUACUGAGAAGCAAUCAAGACAAUAAGGUGGAACUGAGAAGAUGCUCAGGGAGAAUUUUCACCCUCUCUCUAUCAUAAAUGGCUCUCCUUCUUUCCUUUGCCCUUUUUAUUGUGAGUGCAGUAUAUGACCUUUAUCAUUUACCACACCAUUAUAUAUAUUAGAGUUACUAAUGUCAGGAUUAACACAAGAUUAUGUUCCUAGUUGGGUUCAACUGUAAAUUGAACAGCAAUUAGCACUCUACCAGGUUUUCAGCCUGGUAAUUGCUCUUGUUCUAACAGGCACUUUCUCCAGGGACAUGUUGAAAUAUUGCCCGUAAAUAGCAUUGCCAGAAUAUGAAAAAUAAAUGUCUUAAGAAAGUGAGAAAGGAGCAACAACUGUGUGAAAUUGCACUGUCUAGAAUCUUGUAUUGCCUUUCAAUAGAUAAAGGCUUGGCAUAACCCUAACCUAGCUUGCUGUAAUGUAUUUUAGUAGGCCAACUAGAUGUAAAAUUGAUUGUAUUUUAAAAUAUUGCAUAAUGAUGUCACAUUUCUGGACUGGCACUCCAGACAAAGGAUAAUUCAUAAGAUUAGCAAUUAAUAGGACUGAUACGACUGUAAGAAUAGAUUAGGUCUUGAGAAAUUCAGAAAUCCAAGUUGAAAAGUGCUGUCAGAUUCUAAAUUGCUAAGAAUGUGGCUAGACAACCACAGUUACAGAUGUCAUAAACUGGGACUCUAGUGAUAGAAGCUUUUUCUUCUUUUUCUUUUUUAAGAAAACAUAUACUGUAUCUGAAUGUGGAGUUUUUGUUGUUGGGGCUGUUGGUGUUUGGACUAUAUAAAGCUGAAAGGUUUGCCAAUAUUUGCUUAUUUUUAGCAGCUAUGCUAAUGUUCAGUGUCAGGAAACAUUUUAAGAUCCUAACAAAUUAUAUUCCAUUGCUAAAUGUGCUCACUCAAAAAUGACCUAUCUCAGUAGAGCCUAGGAGCAGUUUACACAGUGAAUCAGUGCAGUGAAAUCAUGAGUUUAGUGAAUUCUGAUGGGGUUUUGAAUGUGACUGAAAGUUGAGUCACACAACCCUCUCAGCAUGUUACCAUCCUCAGAGAAUACUCAGCCUACAAUGAGUUGACUUGGGAGAGCAGUGUGACUGCUGCUGGCAAGCACUGAGUUUGGUACAGUCGUUUUAGAGAGUUGGUAGCAGUCCUUUUUCUCCCCCUGGCCUAGUAACUUGUCCUCUUGUUUCUAAGUGGAACUUAAUGCAGCUAGCACUGUCUGUUUUCUAAUUGGAAGUAAAAAGUUUUUAUUCUAUUAAACAGUAGUUUAUACAAUUAAUUCGUAAUUGCAUAUAUUUUCAAUUUAACAAGGGUGGUGCAUGUACAGAAGAAACCUCAUGUACGCAUCUCUUGCAUGGGUUGAAAUUAUGCGCUCAAAAGUAUACAGUGUGCAUGUUUUCUGGCUUUGGAUCCCUCUGUUUAGAUUCUGUGUAAUUCUGGAUGUGGGAUUGGUUACUGUACAAAGCACUUACUGUACAAAGCACUUAACAUUCAUUUGGAGGAAGUGAAUAUAAUUCAUUUGCUACUUCCUGUGUUACCCAUUGUGAAGAACAGGAUCUGUGAUUUAGGCCUCCCCUCCAAACCCGAGCAGGUGAUCUGAGCUGUCAGGCUUUGCAAAGUGGCCAUCUGUUGGGUGGUUUUGUUGUUGUUUAGUCGUUUAGUCGUGUCCACCUCUUCGUGACCCCAUGGACCAGAGCAUGCCAGGCACUCCUGACUUCUACUGCCUCCCGCAGUUUGUUCAAACUCAUGCUGGUAGCUUCGAGAACACUGUCCAACCACCUCGUCCUCUGUCGUCCCCUUCUCCUUGUGCCCUCAAUACUUCCCAACAUCAGGGUUAGAUACAUACAAAAGUGGAGAAAAGUACAUGGGAAACAUACUGCUGGCCAUGCAUAUAUCUAGACAGGGAUCACAUUCACAUUUGGAACUUAGCUGCUAAAAGCAAAUCAUUUAUGCACAUAAUAUUUAAUUUAAAAAGAGUUAGAAAAAUAAUACAAGACAAAGGCUGUGUUUGCAUGGCACACUAAACCAGAGUUCUUAUGCUCAGGUCUGGAGACCAAAUGUGGCUCAUCAGGCUCUUCUUUCUGGCCAGGCCACACCCCUCAUUGUCUCUACCUCAUACCUUAGCUUCGUGCUGAUAACACCAAGGUUGCAGGUUCGAUCCCCAUAUGGGACAGCAUUAUAUUCCUGCAUUGCAGGGGGUUGAAGUAGUUGAUCCUCAGGGUCCCUUCCAACUCUACAAUUCUAUUAUUCUGUAAGUGCUUUUGUCAUGUAGUUCAGACCUGCAAAAUGGUUAACGCUAUGGUUAGUUUCUUUUUUAAAAAAAUAAAAAUUAAAUUAAAUUAAUUUUCUUUUUCUCAUAAGAAAUAUCCAGUAUCAAUAACAUUCAUUUUCCAAUUUCCCCCCUCCCUAUUGACUUCCCUCAGCUUCCAUUUCUGGUUUAUUCCGUCAAAUGUUACAUCCUGCUGGUUGUAUGUAGUACUAUGUUGUCACAUUGUUAAAUUUCUUGUUCUCUGUAAAUAAAAUUGUAAAUGUUUGUUUAAAACCUGCCAGGGAGUCCAUGUUUGUUUUCUCAUUUCUGCAAAUACUGUAUGUUGUAAAAGGUUCCCAUUCUUUUUCAAAAUCACUAUUGUCCUUUUCACGCAAUUUGUCAGUUAACUUUGCCAACUCUGCAUAGUUCAUCAACUUUUAUUGCCAUUGUUCUUUUGAUGGUAUUUCUCCAGUCUUCCAGUUUUGUGCUAUUAAGAUUCUUGCUCCUGUGGUGGCAUACAUGAAUAAUGUCCGUUUUUCUUUCAGUAGCUCUUAAAUACCUAACAAACACUAUUGUUAGUUUCAAACAGGCUGAUUUCACACAAUCAUUGCUGAAUGUUAGACUAAGUUUUUAGCUAAGAACAAAAAACCCAAUCUCAGUUCCAGACUGCAAAUGCAGCCUCUGGUUAAGCAAAAGCAAGCACUUUGGAACUUCUUCUCUUGGGUGCAUGAGAUGGGAGCAGGAGAGUAUGUGAGCCCAGAGUUUGAGGCAGCUCAUUAUGGAGUGCAUGCAUAAUUCUAACCUGUAAUCUAACACCAAGGCUGCCAACCUUUUAGGGGCUGUGAGCACAUUUGCAAGCUAGAGAAACACACACACACACACACACACACACACACACGGUGCAUCCAAGCAUACACCACAGCCUAUUCUAUCGGCUACAAGAGAGAAAUCUGUGUGGAGAGGGGAUAGGACCUGGUACGCACCAGGGAAGGCCUUUAUGGCUGCAUGGGCACAACAUUGGUGGUCCCUGGUUUCACGUGAUGUCCUGAUGUGCCCCAAAUGUCAGUAACUGUUGACAGCCGGUGUAUCAGAAUGUUAGAUUUUGAUCAGGGAAAUUUCUGGGUUCAAUUUUCUGCUGACCCAUGCAGUUCACUAGGUGACCUUGAGCUCUCUCCAUCUAACCUACAUCACAAGGUUGUUGUGAGGAUGAUAUCAGUUAAGUCUUGGGCAUGUUGCCUUGGGCUCCUUAGAAGAAGGAUGGAAUACAAUCUAAUAAAUAAAUUAGAUGGUUUUUUUUAUGGACUAGUAUCUACUGCAUAUAUAUAUAUAUUUGUUUCACAAACCAGAACUGCAUAUAAGCUGUUCCUUUUAAAAAUGGGGGGAACUUCCCCCACCUCCCAAACGACAUGUUACUUUUGUGUUAUAAUAAGGGUAUUGCCUACCAACAGGCCAUUGGUUAAAAUCCCAUUGCUCACAUGAGUGUUAUUAGAGGAUACACCAGUCUGCUAGCUAUGAGCGGAUUAGGAGCGUAUUGAAGUAAUGGGAUGCUUAGAAUAAUCAUGCCAGUUGACCUUAAAGAAGUUUGUAGCAAACAAGCAUAUGGAAUGAACUCUUCUCCAUGAGCUGAAGGUCACCUUCUUUUGAUACCUUUGAGUCAAGUUUAAAAAUCAAUGGAAUGGUUUACCUUGAUACAGAGGCAGCAUUCGUCAGUAUCUUUUCUACACAUAAUAAACAACCAGGGUAACCUGAGAUCUAACUACUUCCCUCUUGAAGUAGUUCCCUCUAUAUGAUCUGUUUUAUUAUGAUUUUGCUACACACACACACACACACACACACACACAGCCCAUAGUCACUUCUGAAUAAGUAUGCAGAGCAUUGCAUUGUAAAAUCAACUAAACUGUUGUUAGAAAGCAGACAUAUUAAAUGAUUGUAAUAAGAUUUUACAGUACUUUCAACCGACAGAAGUGCUUAUAUAUCUUAAUCAUGUUGUCAUCUAUAAUGUAACUGCUUAAGCUUUCAUGGAGCUAAUCUUAGAGCUCACUUUGUACAUUCAAAUGCAGUUUGCUGCCAUUUUAAUGUUUGACAUUUCUGCAUAAUUUGAUGCGAAUAUGUAUCAGUUGAAUGUUUGUGUGCCUCUGUUUGCUUUGUGUUAUUGAUUUGGCUUGACAUGUAGUCUACUUUCUUCAGUUACUAAGUUGCUGUUAUUGUUAUUAUUAUUAGCCAACCUUCCUACACAUGCACUGUAUCAGAAAUUUGGUGUGCCCUGGCAGCAUAAAAGGAAAUAAUUAUCUCUGUUAGUCAUUUGCCUAGUCAUCAAUGGGACUAUUUACAAACUCAGAAGCUGCAACAGUGAAAAAAUAAAAAAGUAUCCCCAGUUCUGAACAACUUAUAUGGAUACUUAUAUAGUUACUUAUAUAGAUAACCUGUAGCCACCUAGUUGACAUUGCUCAGGAAUUCUAAGAAACCAACAAAUUGGUACAGUUUUCAAAGGUUCAGUCUGCCAAAAUGGCAUCCAUUUGUAUCCAAACACAGAUAAAAGCCUGCUACUUGAUCGCAGGAACCAUCAUGCAAAAUUUGCUUAUAACAUUCAUAGCAAUCAGACAAACAAAUUUCCACAAUAUAGGUUGGAAGAUGAGGGAUAGGCACUUGAUCAAAUAUAUUAACUAUGUUAAGAUACAUUAACUGUUAAAACAAUAAAGUCAUGAGCAGAUAGGAAACUUAUACUAAUUACGAAAACAAAUUAGUUAACAUUAUGAUACAAUUAAAUUCACUUUUAAAAAAAUAUUUAUUUAUUCCGUAUGUUUAUAUCCCUCUUUUUCUCUGUGAUGGAACUCAAGACAGCAUACAUGGGCUUCCCAGGUAGACACUGACCAGGCACAGACCUGUGUAGCACAACCAAGGCAGCUGUCUCAUGUGCCCUCAAAUCAUGCCUGGAGUCAUUAGACAACUUGCUAUAAAUUUAAACAGUGCUAGGUAGGGUUUCUAUAAACCAGAGCUUUACAAACAUUUCAUGUUGGUGACACACUUUUUAGAUGUGCAUCAUUUCGCGACACAGUAGUUCAGUUUUACUAGCAAACCAGAGGUUAAACCAGGCAUAGGCAAACUCGGCCCUCCAGAUGUUUUGGGACUACAACUCCCAUCAUCCCUAGCUAACAGGACCAGUGGUCAGGGAUGAUGGGAGUUGUAGUCCUAAAACAUCUGGAGGGCCGAGUUUGCCUAUGCCUAGGUUAAACUAACCCCUUUCCAGCUCCGGGAGGAGCAUAGGGAGUGUUCAUGCGGCACAUUAAUGUGUUGCGACACACGGUUUGGAAAGCUCUGCUAUAAAUGCUAACUAUUCUGCAAAUAGUUCUUCUUUUACUUUUAUCCUGGAGCAUCAGGGCCAGCCUUUAUUUAUUUAAAAUAAAAUAAAUUAACAACAGAUAUCACAGAGGUAAUUCUCAUUCCUGCAGCAAGCAAGAUAGAAUAAUAGGUAUUCUUUGGCAGUGGUCUUUGCCACUGAUAACUGACUGAUUUCCUGUUCAGAUACACCAGUGGUUUUCAACCAAUCUUCCAUGGCACCCUGGGGUCAGGGAUGCCAGGGGCAACACUGGUCUUUGUUCCUUUUUCCUUCCCUCCCUUCCUCUAAUGCCCUCACACAUCUUUACCUCUCAAAGGCUUGCACAGCUGUUUGUUGCAGCAUCCCUGCCUACAAGCUCCCCAGGCAAAUGGUGCCUCUGGGGCUGGUUAGGGGGUGCUUCCCAGGCCCCUGUGGGGCAGUGUGAGGAGGCACCUCUCCUUGGGGCAGCAGCUGCUGCCUGGAGGACUCCCAAGGAGAGGGGAGAGGGAAGAGGGAGAGGAUGCUGAGGGAACACUCCACAAGGUAGGGUGUUCGAAAAAGGGUGAGAGGCUGCCAGCUCUGCAGGCAAGGGCAGACAUAACUGGGCUCUUGAGCUCCACAGGGGUGCCACAAAAAGAAUGUAGUUGGUCAAGGGAACUGUGGACUCAAAAAGGCUGAAAACCACCCACAAUUACUCUAGGUGGCCAGCUGGAAAAAACUUUCCUUUCCUUCAAGUUUGCCCCUAAUUGCUGCAGGGCCAGGAGGAAGAAUCUCCAUUCCUGCAAUUUCUAUAACCUCUUUAAUUUCAUUAUGGCAUUAAGCUGACACCUGUGUGGUGGCAUCCCUGACUUCAUGGAAUCUUUGAUCAUAUUUGACUGCAUCUUUCUCUUCUUCUUUGGUGAUCACUUGCAGCCGAGUAAGAUUGUCUUCUAUAAACACGGUUUUAAAAGUGAGUCUCUAAGUGACUGUGGAGGCCAUUUCUGGAUCCACAGGUCUUUCCACAGUGGGGACAUACAGUAGGUUUCUGGGCAGAAGUUGAUCAUGGUGAGGGUUUGCCAAGCAUGCCUUCCUCUUAGCACUUUUCUCCCUUUUGUCCUGAGUUCAAGCAUCUUCAAAACCCAUGACACCUUUUGUAAAGGCUGUUCUCCAAUUGGAGCGCUCGCAGGCCAGUGUUUCCCAGUUGACUGCAUCUAAUAAUGGACAGUUAGUUGACAAUAUUUGAUCAGUCAAUUGACCCAAGUGGCAAUUCUAUAAGUAAGCAAGGCUCCUCAGAUUUGUGGUGCUUGGGAUGUCUGGGCUUUCUCUAUGCAUAAAUCAGACGGAUUAGGAAGAUAAAAUGGCCACUCUGAGUAAUGACAGCUGUUGCAGGCAAAAUUUGCAAUGGUGCAAAGCAGAAUAAAACUGGAGAAGUUAAUAGAAACAGGGCCAAGAGUGCAGGGGACAAUCAGCUUCAAUAAAGACACUUGAGAAAAAUAAUAUUCUGGGACAGUAAAUUUGUCCACUGCCAAGGGAACUCUCCCAAACCAGAAUGCCAAAGCUAAUUUGUGUUUUCUGCUUAGGACAGACAUGGGGGACAAUUGACUGAUCAAACAGUGGCUGCUGAACAGUCAAUUAACUUCAAUCAGUUACUUCAUGCAUGAAAAUAAUGCCUACCUUUUUAUUGUAUACUAUGAGAUUGUUUUGUAACAAUGACAGAGAAUAAAGGCUCUAUUUCUGAGCCCUGCAAAUGCUAAGUUGCAACUUGCCCUGUAAUUCCUUCUAAAUGCAUUCCACGCUCUUACCUUCCUAUUAACCACAUGACCUAGCUCAAGGGUGGCUAACCAUUUUUAUUUUUUUCAGUCAAGGGCCACAUUCACUCUUGACCAAUCCUCUGGAACAGGUGUUGCUGCUCCACACACUUGUAUGCACAUCCAAAGGCACACUGCCUCCCUCCUCAGCUGAUCCAUGCAGUCUGAUGAUGAGGUGGCCUCCAUACACCCCCAUUUUUUUUUUGCCACAGUCGCCAAAAUCAGUAGAGUAUUGGUGGGGGGAUCAGAAACGUUUUCUUAGAGGACCUGGAUUAGAAUGCCAAAGGGACAGUUAGCCACCCCAUCCUAGCUUCUCCUACUACCUGGAUGCUGCACUGCCAGCUCUGAACAGUACAGGUUUACAGUUCAAUAGGGAGCAACACACACAAGCAAUUUCACAUAAGUCACAAGUUCCCGUUUAUCAGUGGACUAUCACUAAAUCCAUUGCAUUUGAUGUGGUGAGGUUUUAUCAAGUGCUCUGAAACAGUCAGCAAUAUAGUCAGCCUCCUGUAGGCUCUGUACGCUCUGAGAGAACUUCGGUUUUCAGAAUAGGUGAUGAAAUAAUUAUGAGAGAUCUUUGGGGGCACUCUUUUCCAACUCAGCUUUUUCUCUGCUAUCAGAUUAUUUGGACACUGAGUGUUCAGUAUUUUUAUUAUUUUGGAGGAAGAUGGCACACGGUGAGAUAAUUGGAUAAUGUCAGCGUUGUGAUAGCAGAAUGACUUGAAUUGUUAUUUGGUUUUGAAAAUAAUGUGUCGAUUUAUAGACACAGAUGUCUUCUGUUUAGGAGAGAGAGAUGAUGUAAAUACAUUCUACUGAAAGUAUUGUUGAACAACCUAUAAAUAGCCUAUCCUUCACCUCAGUUUGCCAAAGCCAGUUAGGCAGUCAGAGCAAGUUUUGUUGAAAUGAAGGGGGCUGAGUGCUGGAGUUAGAUACUCCAGUUCUAUUAAAAGAUGAUAGAAGAUGAAUGCUUAUUAAAAAGAUUUUUCAGAAACUUUGCAGAGCUAUUUUUGCACGGUCUACAGUUCCACCUUAGCCUGAUCCUGUCAGAUGCUAUUUUGGAAAAUAAGAAUAUAGGUUCAUGUGCCACGAUUUCUGUGGCUCCUCAGAGUGAAGAGCAUGGCAGUGAGAUUGCAUCACAAGAAUUCCAAAACAUGAUAGUACAGCAGCUUGAUAGCACUGUGCUGAUAACAACCAGUAAGCACCACUGCAUACAACAAAGCAAAAUAUUUUUCAAGCCCACCCUCCAAAAUUUUGGGAAGAUUAUUGAAGUGCAUAUGAAUUGCUCAGUUGGAAUAAACCUUACUUUCAUCUUGGGAUAAUCAAGUGAUAAUGCUGUUUAUGGCUGCAAGGCGAAAUUACUGCUUAAUGGUCCAGAACGGUUGAUAGAUUUUUCAUUAAUGGGAGCUAAUUGUUAGGAGGUAGUUAGAGAACGCUGAGUGUUUUGACUAAGAGUUAGCAGAGCUGGGAGCAUUACACCAGCCCUGCUAAGGGGGAAGACAGCUGAUGCAAGAGGGGUAUGUGCUGCUGUGUGUGCAUGUGAAGAGAGAAAAAGAAACCACUUUUGGAACAGGGCAGGAUACAAAGAGAGAAGCUGUGAAUGAAAGGCUGGAAGCAUCUUGAAGUGCCAGUGCCUUUCCAGGGAUCUGGUGUGGCAUAGUAGAUGUUGCCUCUUAGGACAACCACUGCUUUCAUGUAUGCUCUGCUUGCAUAUUUGUACAUAAGCCAAACAGUAUAAAAAUCUCUUCCCCAAAGGAAAGCAAAACCUGGGAGGUGAUUUUCCUGGAACUUUUCACCUCUUAAAGAAUAUGGAACAUUAUCAGCAUGUAGCUCACAGUCCUAGUAAAUUUGAGUUAGCAUUUUGCAUAUGCUUAUUUUUACUGGCUAAGAUAUCUAUAGAUAGCAUUUCCGAUGUCUGGUUUUGUCACUUCUCUAAAUCUACCAGGGUGCAGGUGGAAGAACCAAUGAGGCUUGCAAACUUGCCUGUUGAUGUUACUAAUCACGUUGUUCCUUUUUCAAACCCUGUGUUUUGUUUCUUUGUCUUCAAAGGGUUCAUGAGGCUGGGGGGGUGUUGUUGCUGAGCUCACAGGGUUUUUUUUUGCAGAAUCAAGCUCCAACAUGCUUGACAUUUCCAUGCUUGACAUUCUGAGAUAAUGACCUUGGUUUAUAUGAAGAGAGAUCUCAAGGGCUUUUCUGCUGAGUUAAGGUUAUGUGAAUCAGGUACAGGUAUAUUUCAGUAGAGCUGCGAAUUGCUCCCCCAAAAGUAGUUAGUCCUACUGUUAUUUAUAUGGUGAAAGGGAUAUGUCAACAGACCUAAGGUAUGGUGUAUUAAAGACCGUCUACCAAUGCAUGAUAACAGUGUAUGUCUUGCCUGGAAAAAAGUAGAGAAGGAACAAAUGCUUUCUUACACUUUACUUAUUUACUUUGUGCAGUAAAACAGAGAACUUGGCUCUUGCUGUAGUGCAUUGUCACGUAUGAUAUAUUGCUAGGAAGGAGCCUACCAUGAAAGUAUAGUUGUUUUCUUUGUUUAGGGUGCAUUCUUAUGACCCCUGGGAGGGCUUGGGGCUCUGCUAGGGGAGGACCAGGAAAUGGCUUGGAUUUAAAACUAUCCUAGUCCCCUGAUGUGCCCCCAAAGCAGGGAAAGCUUGAGAUCAUAGAAUCAUAGAAUCAUAGAAUCAUAGAGUUGGAAGAGACCACAAGGGCCAUUGAGUCCAACCCCCUGCCAAGCAGGAAACACCAUCAGAGCACUCCUGACAUAUGGUUGUCAAGCCUCUGCUUAAAGACCUCCAAAGAAGGAGACUCCACCACACUCCUUGGCAGCAAAUUCCACUGUCGAACAGCUCUUACUGUCAGGAAGUUCUUCCUAAUGUUUAGGUGGAAUCUUCUUUCUUGUAGUUUGGAUCCAUUGCUCUGUGUCCGCUUCUCUGGAGCAGCAGAAAACAACCUUUCUCCCUCCUCUAUGUGACAUCCUUUUAUAUAUUUGAACAUGGCUAUCAUAUCACCCCUUAACCUCCUCUUCUCCAGGCUAAACAUGCCCAGCUCCCUUAGCCGUUCCUCAUAAGGCAUUGUUUCCAGGCCUUUGACCAUUUUGGUUGCCCUCCUCUGGACACGCUCCAGUUUGUCAGUGUCCUUCUUGAACUGUGGUGCCCAGAACUGGACACAGUACUCCAGGUGAGGUCUGACCAGAGCAGAAUACAGUGGCACUAUUACUUCCCUUGAUCUAGAUGCUAUACUCCUAUUGAUGCAGCCCAGAAUUGCAUUGGCUUUUUAGCUGCCGCGUCACACUGUUGGCUCAUGUCAAGUUUGUGGUCAACCAAGACUCCUAGAUCCUUUUCACAUGUACUGCUCUCAAGCCAGGUGUCACCCAUCUUGUAUUUGUGCCUCUCAUUUUUUUUGCCCAAGUGCAAUACUUUACAUUUCUCCCUGUUAAAAUUCAUCUUGUUUGUUUUGGCCCAGUUCUCUAAUCUGUCAAUGUCGUUUUGAAGUGUGAUCCUGUCCUCUGGGGUGUUAGUCACCCCUCCCAGUUUGGUGUCAUCUGCAAAUUUGAUCAGGAUGCCCUUGAGUCCAUCAUCCAAGUCGUUGAUAAAGAUGUUGAAUAAGACCGGGCCCAAGACAGAACCUUGUGGCACCCCACUAGUCACUCUUCUCCAGGAUGAAGAGGAACCAUUGAUGAGCACCCUUUGGGUUCGGUCAGUCAGCCAGUUACAAAUCCACUGAGUGGUAGCAUAGUCAAGACCGCAUUUUACCAGCUUCUUUACAAGAAUAUCAUGGGGCACCUUGUCAAAUGCCUUGCUGAAAUCACGACCCCCCCCAGCACUUUUUAGAGGGCAAGAGCGCAGUGUGAGAGUGCGGCACUCAAAAUGGCCACCAUGAUCUCACAUGAAACAAUGUGAUGUCCCAAUUUUUCCAGGGCAGUUGGUAGGUAUAUAUCCAGAAGAUAUGGCUACCUUUGAAAUACAGGUCAGCAAAGCCAUGGUGCUUUAAGUACCAAUCUAUGGAUUCAUGAUUCAUGAUUCAUAUUUCAAGAGACAAAUGCUGGUUGGUUACAGCAUCGUCAGUAUAUUUCCUUGGAACUUUGUCAUUGGUGUGAGAUGUUGGAUGAGACUGCUGUUGAGCACUGUAUCUUUUCCCAUUCUAUUUUUGUGGCUAGAUGGAAGGACUGGAGAGGAACAGUAAGCUUGGAUUGCAAGCACAAAGUAACAUGGAACAACCAUUCACUGUAAGUUCAUUGGUAAGUGCUAAGGGCUGAUGCUUCAUGAUGCAUGGAAAGCUGCUUAUCAGACAUGUCUGCUUGAAUGGUGUGGAUAUUGGCUUGAGCCUGCUUUUUUGUGAAGCAAGCAUCCCACUCAAGCUCAAAAUACACCCUGGAACAUGUUGUCCAUCUUUCCAAAAUGUAUUGAGUUGGCAUAAAAUAAAAAAGUUUAUGAAUGCUACUUCUUACUCUCCAUCUGGUCCAUAACUUUUUACUUUUACUGAACUCCUCUGAUAAUCAUAUCAUUGUUGAUAAGUUAUCCUAAACCACUCCUUUAAAGCCUUGGUAGGCCCAGACAUAAUUAAAAAUCACAACUUUUAAGGCUUGAGGUAGACAUGACAGAAGAUGUGGGGCUGCUGCUAAAAAUAGGACCAUCCUCUCCUCUUUUCUCUCCCUCCAUAAUGUCUACUAAUACAUAAUGUAUGGUGAGACAUCAUCACAGUGAGAGAAUAUCUUUGCUACAUUUAAGUGGCUGCCACUUGGGGACACAGGGAAACUCUCAGCAUGGUGGCAUGAUGCCAUGUGCUUAAAUUGUGAGGAGGAGGCAGACAUGCAGGACUGCUGUUUUCUUCAGCAGUCUUCCUUUCUCACUAUGUCUUUGCUUAAGCCUGAAUCAUGUCUCAAACUUCCCAUAUUACAUUCCUGUUUAUGAAAGAGGCUGAACAGAGUGGCUAAAGGUAAAGGGACCCCUGACAAUUAAGUCCAGUCACAAAUGACUCUGGGGUUGUGGCGCUCAUCUCGCUUUAUUGACCGAGGGAGCAGGCAUACAGCUUCCGGGUCAUGUGGCCAACAUGACUAAGCCGCUUCUGGCGAACCAGAGUAGCGCACGGAAAUGCCAUUUACCUUCCCGCCAGAGCGGUACCUGUUUAUCUACUUGCACUGUGUGCUUUCAAACUGCUAGGUUGGCAGGAGCUGGGACCGCCAACCAAGGCUCAGUGGUUUACACCACAGCGCCACCUGCAUCCUGUUUAUGAAAGAGGCUGAACAGAGUGGCUCCGGUUGGUUUAAAAAGUGGCGACUGAAAGCUUUAUGAUUCUGACUUGCAUAUAUGCAAAUGUGAAAGACAACAUUUCAGAACAACAGCAGCUGUGAAAAAUAUAUCAUAAUGGGCAUAAAGUGCACAUCUCUUGCAUCAUUAAGCAAAAUGAUUUUUGAAAAGUUGUGUGGUUUUGAAAGUGUGGUUGUGUGCAUGUGCAUGGAGUAGCUGGGGGUUGGUUUAAUGGGAUUUCCCCUCCACUAUUUUGCAACAGCUCUGAUGGAGCAAAAUCGAACCUUGCUGAAACCGUAGGUUGCAACUGCUAAUUGUGGCUCAAGAUUUCAGCUUGAGUUCCUUGGAUAAGUUCAGUAACCAAAGUGAAAUGCAAUUUGUGCUGUCUGUUUUAACAGAAAAGGCUAGCAGCUAUACCUGACCACACAGAUGUUUCACUGAGCCCAGAGGAGCGUGUACGUGCCUUAAGCAAACUUGGUUGUAACAUCACAAUAAAUGAAGACAUUACUCCACGGCGCUACUUCAGAUCUGGAGUGGAGAUGGAGCGCAUGGCAUCUGUAUAUCUGGAAGAAGGAAAUCUUGAAAAUGCCUUUGUUCUCUAUAAUAAGUUUAUAACGUAAGGAUUGGUCUGGAGUUAUGGAUAUCAACCUGAUCUUAAUUUUUAGAAACGGAAAUUUUAAGCCGGUGGAGUGCUAGCAAAUGAUUCCAAACGUUUCUGAAAAAAGGGGUCUUGUUAAGCAAUGACUUUGGAGCUCAACAAAUAUGCCCUCAUUUGUUACAGGGCACACAGAAGGCUUUCCUAACUUCUGCUUCCAAAAUUCUGUAUUUUCCAAGCAUGUGAACAGUAAUUACUUUUAUACCUGGAAAAUACAUCUUUCUCCCAGCUAGCGUGUCAGUUGUGACGUGAAUACUGCAUGCAAUGCAAUUGCACUAGUGCCACAGAGCCUGGUAGAAAAUGUAUGUUAACAUUAGUAGUGAUAAACAACACAACCCUCACCCGGUGCUAGGGAUUUUCACAGUUUUUGUUCACGCCAUGUUUUAAGUGAUGCAACCUGAUUCACACUUCUUGGAUUAAUAUGCAGAUCAGAACAUAGUUAUUUUUCCGUUUUCACACUUCUCUGAAUUUUGUGAUAUAGCUGUUAGCUCAAAUGUGUAUUCAACUGCCUCUUUUAGGCUAAAAUGUGUAUUUUAGGUAAAAAAAAAACCUAUUGAAAUUGUAUUUUACGGUAAAAUGUGUACAGAAAAUGCACAUUUUCCUAUGAUUUUUUUUCUAAAAAAAAGAAAUUGCAGAAUCAUGAAGAAAUUGGACUGAAUAGACUCGAUGCAAAAAUUACAUGAACUGGAAAUAGACAUCCUUUCAUCCUUACCUGAUGCCUCUACCAUUGUGUUAAAUUAUGGGACAGACAGUUUUCCUUUUUUUAAUGUUUAAAGAUGGAGCACUCAAAAAUCAGGAGUUAGAUGUUACAGCAAACUUGAGGCCACCAUCUUAAACAUCAGCUUUGUGUCCCUUCUCCUGUCCAUAAUGAUAAAGGAUAUUCAACAUACAGAAGAAUUUCAUUACUGUGUAACCUUCCUUGACAAUGAUCUGCAUGGAUACAGAGAGUGAUGAUAUAAUAUUAUGCAUGGAAUAUCACAUGCAGGCUGGGAUGUUGGGACUUGUAGCCUGGGAACAUCUGGAGGGCACAGUGUUGGCUAUCUGGCAUUUGAGAAAGGGGAUAGGGAAGAAACAAGACACAGGGUGCUGUUUUCAUGGGUUGCCUCAUGUUUGCCAUACAUCCCAGUUUCACAGUCAAAAUUAAAGGAAUCAGUCUGCAACCUUCCAGACCUUUUCAAAUGCAGAAGAGUCUGAUAGACUUUCCUUUAAUUGAGAUGAGACAGGCUCAUCAGGCAGGACAGUAGGCCACCACUCGUCAGAAUGUGUGAGCUUUGGCUGCACUAUGCAUUGCUGGAGUUGACCCCUGCCUUCAGCUAGUAUUUUGCUAAAACUGAUGGUUGUAAAAACUCAGGGAAAGUGCAGAGAUGAGGUACAUAUGAACUAUGUGGCUGCUGUUGCUUCAUCACAAAGCUAGGGCUCAAACUGAGAUGAGGGAUUUCUUGCAUGUUACAUUUUGAAUACAGCUGUGUUCCCACCCUACACACACACACACACACACACACACACACACAGCAGCUUUUUAUUUAACUCUUGUCAUGCAUCUUCAGUACAAAUAACCAAUGCAUACCUUAAUAAGCAGCCAGCAAUUACAAUGGCCACUAUCGCCAUGCCAACGACUAAUUUCAUUCUAGCAAGCAACCUCCAUUAACUAGAAACUGCAGUAUUUUGCCAGUAAAUGGGGAUAGGGAGCCCUGCCAGUGUUUCCUAUAGAGUCAAUAAACUAGGCUGCCAGACCUGCUUCUGUUGCUGAGUCACUAAUCCUGCCACACAUCCAUCGCCUAACCUGCGAGUGAGUGAGUGGGAGCUCGCUAUGCCAUUUUUGAAUUCCUUUUGUGCACCUGUGCCUGCUUCUGGCACUCUCUUGGCAGAGUCUUUUUCCCUUCCUCAAGCCCAAUUUUGUUCCCAGACUUACCUUAACACAAUAGGCUGCAUUAUGGAUGCAGACAAGCUGCUUUCCAUGCUGCCUUCUCAUUCACCCACCCCCACACUCACAUCUGAGAAAAGGAAACAGAAGUCUUGCAGCAACUAGGUGUUCUGGGGAAAGCCAUGUGAGAAGUUAAAUGGGAAAGUCUUGAAGCUCAGUGGUAAGUCAUAAGCUUUUCACUCAGAAGGUCCCAGCCUCAGUCCUUCAGUCUAAAUGUUCACAACUAUUCAGACUGGGACACCUGCCUAAGUUUUGAGAAGUUGUUUUCAGUUGAAGUAUUGAAAUAUUCAGUCCUGGGCUAGUACCCCCGAGGAAAGAGGCAAGAAGAAUUGAAAUGGAGGGAAGAGAAGGAUUGUAAAAUUGCAUUGUCAGUUACAACAAACAAAGGAGGUACACUAAAGGAUAGUUCUAGUGCUUUGUUUUAUUCAUUACCUAUAGUUUACAAAUAUAUUCUAAACAUAGCAUUGACUGCAAUUGAGAAGCAUUAUUUUUCUGGAAGAGCUGCAUGAGAAUGAGUGGCACUACAGCAUAGUAAAUAGUAAACCAAUUGUGCACUGAGAACCGACUGUGGAACUGCAGUGUUGUAAUUUCAAAUCCAAAGGUAUAGAAAGCUGCUGUGAAUCAAAAAAAGGAACACUAGGUCCAGCCUCAUAUGAUUUAUGCAGCCAGCUUUUGUCUCUGCAGGAGAACAAUGGUGUUGUGGAUAUUUCUCAGACAUGCAAGGUGGAAAAUGUGUGUGUCUCGUUUUCUAGUUUGUUUGUAGAAAAGCUGCCCUGUCAUCGAGACUACCAGCAAUGUGCAGUUCCAGAAAAACAGGAUAUCAUGAAGGUAGAGUUGCUUUUUAAAAAAAUAAUAAAAAAAAUGAAAUCGGGCAUUUCAAAUGACUUCUUUUUCUUUUCAUGAACCAAUAACAACAGCACCACCAGCUCUGCUAAGGCAUUUGGGCUCUAGAAGCUGAUGUUUCCAUCGGUGCUGAGGGCUACAGUAUGAACUCUGGGCUUGAAAGCCAUGUUCUCCUAUGGAGACCAGACUUUAUACAUUUUCUCAUGAUUAAAUUAUGUUAGCCAUUUUACCAAGGCAGCAGUGCCAUCAUGACCUUUGAAAUCUAUCAGUAGCAAACACAAGGGCAGUUAAGGCCAUUGAACAGCCAUGUCAAUAGAGGCUGGUUCAUAGUUCUGAGCCUUAAAUUUUUUGUAUUUAAUUUUAAUUUUAUACUAAUAGAUGAAUUAGUUAUGAGAUCAAGAUGGUGAUCUGGAAUGGGAGGAAAGCAAGUAUUUAUAUGCAUGCAUGCACUUACCGUAUUUAUUUAUUUAUUUUAAUUCUCUCUAACAAAGAAACUGAAGGACAUAGCCUUUCCAAGAACUGAUGAAUUGAAGAAGGAGUUGUUAAAGAAAUAUAAUGCAGAAUAUCGGGAAUAUAUGCAAGACAAGGUAAAUCCACCAGAACAUUUAUAUUGUAUGUGUUUUUAAUUAUAUGUGUACCCCAUCAUCAAUAUUCUGUAUAACAAGGCUGGCAAAUAUAUAAACCUUUAGUAAGGAACCCUAUAGGUGAAUGACAUAAUUUAUUUAGCUUUUAAACAUUUUGUGGGUAGUGGUGGUAAGUAACACUAUUACUAUUGAUGAUGAUGAUGAUAAUAAUAAUGUUAAAAAAGAACAAAAAGUGAAACUGAACACUAACAUAUCAGCUAUCUAUUGAGAAACCAAAGUCCUUUGUUACCUCUUGAUCCACGAAAGUGUUCCACUGGAUUGAUGCAAACCCUUCCUCCAUCCCCCGGCAACACACAAGUAGGCAGCCAUGCCCAAACAACAUGGGUGCCAAGAACUAUAAGGCCCACAGGCAAUGCAGCCAUAUUCUGCACUGCACUAUUCCUUGCCAAAGAGUUUGGCCAAGAAUCAUAUCCAGCAAUAAACGUGUGUCAGUUCCUUGACAUUACAGUGGUGCCUCGCAAGACGAAAUUAAUCCGUUCCGCGAGUAUCUUCGUCUAGCGGUUUUUUCGUCUUGCGAAGCAACCCUAUUAGCGGCUUAGCGGAUUAGCGCUAUUAGCGGUUUAGCGGCUAUUAAAGGCUUAGCGGCUUAGCUGCUAAAAGGCUAUUAAAGGCUUAGCGGCUUAGAAAAAGGGGGGGGGAGCGAAAAAAAAUCUCAAGACUCGCAAGACAUUUUCGUCUUGCGAAGCAAGCCCAUAGGGAAAUUCGUCCUGCGAAGCGCAUUGAAAAACGGAAAACCCUUUUGUCUAGCGGGUUUUCCGUCUUGCGAGGCAUUCGUCUUGCGGGGCACCACUGUAUUUAUUUUUGCCAGUAUUCACUGCCUGUGCUCGUGCUCAUAGAGGAAAGGAUCCUUUCCGAAGCCCAGAAUAUGCAUGAUGGUGGCAGACCCAUCACUUGCAAAGCAAGUGUGGGUGGUGCAACUGAAAGGGUCAGAGAGCUAUGCAGCCAGGAGCGAGGUAUUGGACAGUUUACCCAGAAGUCUGUUUCUUAAGGUCCAGUACCAGAAGUAAGCUCUGCAGGGGGAAAGCUACAGACUGAAGGUAUGCUCAAUCAUUCUCCCCAUCCCCAUACACUCUUGGCCAUUAAAUAGUACAGUGGUACCUCGGGUUAAGUACUUAAUUCGUUCCGGAGGUCCAUUCUUAACCUGAAACUGUUCUUAACCUGAAGCACCACUUUAGCUAAUGGGGCCCCCAGUUUCUGUUCUCAUCCUGAAGCAAAUUUCUUAACCCAAGGUACUAUUUCUGGGUUAAUGGAGUCUGUAACCUGAAGCGUAUGUAACCUGAAGUGUAUGUAACCUGAGGUACCACUGUACUCCACUUUAUAUGUGAAUGGAACAAGCAUUUAAACAAUUGGAUCUGCCAUAUCUAAUGUGGUUUGAACCACUGUGGGCUGUACAUUGGAUUUUUUCAUGUAAUAUAUUUUUCAGGGCAAAUGCAAAGCUGAAUUACUCAAGAAGCUAGAGCAACAGAAACUGAUAGAAGCAGAGAAGAAGCGGAUUGCACAGAUUCGUCAACAGCAGCUGGAAACAGAACAGUUUCAGUUCUUUGAAGAUCAACUGAAGAAGCAAGAAAGAGCCCGUGAUGAGAAAACUAAGGAUAAUUCAAUUACAUCUGAGCAGACUGAUGGGAGCACGUUAUCGUCGUGCACUGCAACACAUCUGAAUAAUUCUUUCCCCACAACAAUUGCAAACAAGAGUGAUGGACAGUCUCCUCCCAUAAGUCGGGCCUUAAAGCCAGCUGCUACUCUAAGUGCUGUUCAGAGUAAGAGAGCAAUUUUGUUGUUGUUGUCUUCUUCCCAUGUUAUUGCACUGUUAGACUCUAUAGCCAACUGUGUGGCUAAGGUUCGCAACAGGUGGCAUCCAAUAUAAAUUGGAAUACAGUGGUACCACGGGUUAAGUACUUAAUUCGUUCUGGAGGUCCGUUCUUAACCUGAAGCACCACAUUUGCUAAUGGGGCCUCCUGCUGCCGCUGCGUCGCCGGAGCACGAUUUCUGUUCUCAUCCUGAAGCAAAGUUCUUAACCCGAGGUACUAUUUCUGGGUUAGCGGAGUCUGUAACCUGAAGCGUCUGUAACCUGAAGUGUAUGUAACCCAAGGUACUAAUGUACAUGAAAGAUUUCACCUAAAAAUCUACACAAUGCCAAUGAUUAAAAUCUCAAACAGUUGAAAUGUUACAGCAUAGAGCAUGUUCUGAAACUUCGAUACACACAUAGGUAUCUUUUAUCUGGUUAGAAAUGUGUUUCCACGUUCUGGAUGGGGAGCUCUGUAAAGGUUGCCCAGUUACUCGUUCAGACCUCCAUUUGAACUGAGUGGUUUUUCCCUAAAAAGGAAAAGCCAUGAAUAAAUAAUUGGCAGUUCAACCUAACGAAGGUAUCCAAGACAAUACCUCACUCAUGAUAUGGAAGUCAUGGUGUGCUUUAAGUUGUGUGUUUGUGACUGACUUCUAGUAUACCCUAUUCGUUGGUUUGCUCAAGAGAAAUAUUUGAGUCUCAGAUCUCCCUUCUUUCAGGCUUCCAUUCACGUAGCUUGCAUUCUUCCAUGCCUCUAGUUUACCUUCAUAAAGCUGUUUCUCUGUAUUCCUCAUCACUCCUUUCCCUUUACCUUUAGCUUUUUAAUUCACUCAAACCUCUUUGAAACCCUGAUUCUGGAACUAUGCUUCCAAAAGUUCAAUAAAUUCUGUUUAAUAACUGCUCAUUCAUCCUGGAAUGUUGCCGAACGGCCCAAGGUCAGCUAAUGACCUUCAUGGUUGAGCAGGGAUCCCAAACCAGCUUUUUCACUACAUCACACUGGCACUCAAAUCCUAAAAUGCACACACCAAAUAAGUGAGACUGCAGCAACUCUAGUAGCUGUCCAACCUAUAUAGCUUGUGAUAUUUUAUAGAAAUUUCAGCCUCUCUUUGUUGCAUAAGCCAUUUGCCAUAAGUAGAGGGCAACAGAAACAGGCGCAGAAGAAAAUCACUGCUAGAAAUGGGACAGUCACUUGCAGUGUCUUUAUAUCUACCCUGAAUUCUGACUGUAGCUAGGUAGUGUAUAAAUUUCCAAAAUAAAUGAAUAAAUGCAAAAUAAAUUAUUAAAAAAUUAGCCUCCGAAUUUGUACAUGUAUUCAAGUCAGUCAAGCACUUUUUAAAUUGUAUUGUAUAAGAGCAUUUUAAUACUGUAGACUUCUGCAUAAAUGUAAAAAGGUAAAGGACCCCUGGACGGUUAAGUCCAGUCAAAGACGACUAUGGGGUUGCAGCACUCAUCUCACUUUCAGGCCGAGGGAUGUUUGUCCAUAGACAGCUUUCCAGGUCAUGUGGCCAGCAUGACUAAACUGCUUCUGAUGCAAUGGAACACCGUGACAGAAACUGCUAGGUUGGCAGGAGCUGGGACUGAGCAACAGGAGCUCACCCCAUCGUGGGGAUUCGAACCACUGACCUUCCGAUCAGCAAGCCCAAGAGGCUCAGUGGUUUAGACCACAGUGCCACCCGCAUCCCUUACCUUACCUUUAUCUCUGCAUAAAUGACACUCUUACUCUCUCUCUCUUUUUAGACAAUGUGGCUGAAGGGCUGCGAAGUGUGGUUCUGCCCAAGGAUCUUUGCCACAAAUUUCUGCUGCUAGCAGAGGCAAAUACAGUAAGAGGAAUAGAGACAUGUGGAAUUCUCUGUGGAAAACUGGUACAGUUGAACCUUCACAUUUGUAUGGGGAAGGCACUUUUGAUAGUACUGUAUUUUCCUGUAAUGAACUGAUAUCAGAGCAAAAGCAGAUGUGGAGUGUAAGUGUGCUACAUAAUUGACUUUACUUCUCAGAAAUUCUUACUGAACUGUGGUCUGCUGUUUGCCUUUUGGGGGAGGAGCAUAAAUCAUUGAUCUUAGGCAAUGGGAAGCAUGUAAUGCUAUUAAAUCAUUCUGCUGUGAAGUUAGACCUCCACUAAAGGAUUUUUUGUAAUGGUUUUCAUGAAACACAAAUGAGAAUUUGUUGCAGGAAAACCAAUAUUAAAUAUAGUGGGAGCUAAUGCUGUGGCAUAUCAGAUUCUGAAUAUCAGAUUUUGUGUGUAUGUAUGAGUGGAGAGAAAUUAUAGCAAAUAUCACUUAGCUAUUAUUGCUUGGAUUUUGCUUCCUAGAUAAAUAAUGCACACUGUUGCCUAAUGUUCACUUUACACCAAUAGUUAACUGCGAAAUGGUAUUUGAAAUACGGCUGAUAUAGAAAGUACUCAACCUGGCACACAGGGGAAAACAUACACAGAUAUUAAAAUAAUAUAUAUUCUGGCUAGUAAGAAGAUUAAAAAAAAAAUACUGCAUUGUGAAACCCAACCCUAUCUAUGUUUACUGAGAAGUAAAUUCCAUUCGCAAGUGAGUGUGAAUAAGAUUUCAUACUAAGAAAAGGUAGCAUUUCCUGCCGUAUCUUUACAUAAGCAUGGCGCACACUGGCUGUAGCUCAGUGCUUUUAAUGCAGAAGGUUCCAUGUUCAGUACCAGGCAUUUGCAGGUAAGGGUUGUGGAAAAGUGCUGUCUGUAUCCUUGGAGUCACUUCCAGUCAUAGCUGUAAACUUUUCCCUUUUCUUGCGAGGAAUCCUAUUCGGAAUAAGGGAAUUUCCCUUUAAAAAAGGGAAACGUUGACAGCUAUGCUUCCAGUCAGUGUAGAAAAUGCCGAGCUAGAUGGACUAAAGCUUUGACUCAGUUAAUAUGGCAACUUUCAAUCUUCCCUUUAAAUGCUUGUCCAUGUAUAUAGUAUUUUAAUAUCAAUGUUGACCUCCACCAUUGCUGCUUUGUCUGUUACUGUGAUGAACCUGAGUAUCGCUUGGUGUAAAUCAGCACAGCAACUAUGAUAAGAGCACUAAAAACUGAUCUGGUUGGUAAUGGUGAUGGUUCUGGGGGUCGACGUUCAGUGCUUGUUCCCAAAGCUAUCUUGCCACACUUUUAUUUUACAGACCCAUAACGAAUUCACUAUUACUCAUGUGAUAGUGCCAAAACAGUCUGCGGGGCCAGAUUAUUGCGACAUGGAGAAUGUGGAAGAGCUGUUCAGUGUUCAAGACCAACACGAUCUCCUCACUCUGGGCUGGAUCCAUGUACGUAUAUACAUAAAUAUGCUGUGGAUCUCAGUGAAGAAAUAGGCAGAAGACAUUCCUUACAGAAACAAUAUUUUUGGUAAACUAUUCUAAGGGUGUGCAAUGGGGGGGGGGUUGGUUUUGUUUUUAAGCCGACGUCCUUUUUGCUUUAUCUUCAUUUUAGUUGCAUUGGUUUAUUUCCAUUUUACUCUGGUUUAAUUUUUCCAUGGAUUUCAGUGGAGACCCAUCUUGUCUGCUACUGCCUGUAACAUGACACAUGCACUGACAUUUGUUUUUCACAUUCGUUAUUGUUUUAUGCUUGUCGUAAUGGAAAGUGAAAGGUAGUGCAUUCAGUUUGUUUUCAAAAUGAAAGCACUAUCCCUAGACUAUUCCUCCUUAACCUUCCUGCUACCCACAUGUACCAAGUGUUCUGUAGCCCCUUAGGGCACUGCAAAUCUUUCAACAAGUACAGGUCUGUCUACUUUUGUUGACUAGAUCUUCAGAUUUGUUAUGCCUACACAGAAGUGCUUAUGAUAGCAGGGCAUAUUGUCAUCCCAUUUUUUUAACAAAAAAAUUCUUGUGUGAUAGAAAGAGGCAGAUGCAUCCUUUAGGAGACAUUAUAAGUACUACUACUACUACUGCUACUAAUAAUGAUAAUGAUGCAUUAAAAAUAUAUAUUCUACCAGUUUAAUUAGGAUACCAUAAACCAGGACACGUUUUGAGCUUUAAUUCAAUUAAUUAAAACAUUUGUUUAAAAUAUUUUUGCUUAGGCAACUCUAUCCAGACACGGAGAUGGUUAUGUGUUUUAAUCUUUCUUACUGUUAAUUGUCAUUAUUUUAAACUGAUUUACUGAUGUACCUUGAAACCGUUUAGAUGUUUUAUUAUAAAUAAGUGGUAUGCAACUGUUGUUAAAUAGGCAAAUUAACAAAUAGGCAAAUUAACAAAUAAGUCAUUAAAUGCUGCAGCCAUACAAAAAAAAAGGCAUUGCAAGAAUAUAUAUAGCAACUCUAGGUAGGUAUAGACACUGAUCUUUUCAAAAUUUAAAUAGCAGUCACAGGGAAACAGUGACCAGGACUGUAGGGAGAGAAGACGUUAACUUUUCCCCCAACACAGCGUUCCUGAUUAAAAUGCUGGUAUUAUUUUGCAAAUGUACCCCCGCCCCCAAUUGGCCCUGGUAAAUACGACUAACUGGCAUAUACUUUCAAUGUGCAUUCCCAUUCCAUAUGUCUCACUUUCCUUUGAGUAGAGGUGGGCGCACAUGCUCCCAGACCUGUCGCUCAGCAUUUUGGGGUUGUUUUUUUAUCAUGCUAUCAGUGUUCAUACCUGCCCUUAGUGUUGCUGGCAAAUGUUAGGCCUAUAUUUGAGUGCUGUGUGCUGCCUGAAGGGAUCCAUACAGAACAGAGCACAUGCAGAAAUUGAACGGUGACCGCUGAAGUAUGUUCAGCUCAUGCCACGUUCAACCUCAAAGCCAAAGAAAUGUCCUGAACAGUGGCUCAGGUGAGCUUGCCAGUUGGACAUGUGCCAAAGCAAUUAAAUAAUCACUUCAGUAUGUGCCAGGCAUUGCCUCCCACAUCCCCCAAGUGCCUUGAAAAGUUUUGCAAGAAAACAUUUGCUUGGGGACUUCCCAUCCCAUUUUGGGGGUGAAGUUUAAACUUCAGUCAGUCAAGGGGGAAAUUCCUCUGGGGAGGCUGUUUUGUGAUUGUCAUAGGAGUCAGGCAAUUAGCACUGUGCACUGUUUUUUCAGCUACAAACAAGAAAGACAGAUUACAUCCCCGUCAAUCGUUUGUAUGUCUGACCAAAACAAUGCAAAUUAUAUACCUAUACCUGCCAAUUUAAUUAAAUUUUCCAUGUAGUAGUUUGUCAUUUUCUGCCCCUAUUUCUUUGAUAUAGUUUCAUGGUCAAAGGCUUUAGUUUUCUGUUCCUUUCAGUAAUUUCCCUUUCCUUACCAGCCCACCUAUGGUGCAGUGAGUAACUUACAACAGGUACCUUUGCUAUGACUUUGAAGCACCCUCUUUGCUGAUGAGAAUUGUCAUGCUGUCUGUUUGGGUGAAGGAAAUAACAUAAACGGUUGCUAGAAAAUCAUACAACAAGCCUUCAGAUUAACUAUGAUUUCUCCUUGAUUGUAUUUGACCUUGAUCUGUUAAAAAAAAAAAAAUCCAUCCACUAAGUAGACAUUUUCCUUUCUUUCUUUGUAGACACAUCCGACACAGACGGCAUUCUUAUCCAGUGUUGAUCUUCAUACACAUUGUUCUUAUCAGCUAAUGCUACCGGAGGCUAUUGCAAUUGUUUGUUCACCAAAACAUAACGAGUAAGUUAUUUCUCUCUCUCUCUCUCUGACUCCAUCCAUCAGCAAUGUUCAGAAAGAUGUCUCUGUAAUCAGCAAACUACAGAACUACAGACAAAGUGAAGAAUUGAAGUACAGGGUUGAAGUACAGGUUUGGACUGGAACUGUAUUGUAACUUGGACUGUAACUUAGACUUAUUUUUUUAAAAAAAUGAUAUUUAUUGAAAAUUUUAAAAUUACGGAAAAAAAACAAAGAGAAAAAGAAGGAAAAAACAAGAAAAAAACAAAUCGCAAUUAAACAAUACAAAUCGAUAAAAAUCAAAAUCAAAAAGCAAAAACAAAACACAUAGCGCAUCAAAAGCAAAAAGCAAAAAUAAACCACAAAGAUUUAAAAACAGAUCCAAUAUUCCCAAAUCCUUAACUGUCAUUACCUUAUUUCAUCGACCUCCUCACAUCUCCCUUUUUUGUGUUCUAGUUGUUGAUUAUCACAGCAAAUCCUUUCCAUUUUUCAUAAUAUUCUGUCAUUAAAUUACCUUAAUCUAUUUUAACCUUAUCUUACCAUAAAAAAUCCUAAAACUUAAAACUUAAAUCUUAUUUAUACCAAUUUCUCAUAACCAUAGCAUAUUCUUACAUAGUUCUUUUUAACAUUUCUGCUAAAGCCAAAUAAUUUUGUUCCAACAUUUUUCUAAUACUCAUUAAUUUUACAAAACAUUCCUAAGUAGAAUUUUAAAAACUUUCUUCCAAUCCUCAUCCAACGUCUCUUCCCUGGUCUCGGGUUUUGUCAGUCCUUUCUAUCCCAUCCAUCUAGUUCAUUAACCUGGUAACCUUAUGUCCGAGGCCCUUAAGUCUCUUCCAUGUCCCUUCCGCAGAUGUUCUUCAUAUUUAUACCUGUACUUUACUUUGUCUUCUACUCCUUUCACUCGUGGAGACUCCAGCUUGACAAUAUUUUUGUCCCUUCUCGACAGAUCAGCCCAUUUUCCAUAGUCCACACUGGACUCCAUGUGGUAUUUAAAAGCAUGUUUCAAGGUCCCUCCAAAGUUGAGGACCCCCACAACUCCAAACUCCUCCUGGCCCAACGCCAGACUUGAAAAGUCAAAACAUCCCUGCAUAGGGGGGUCUAUCCAGCCCCCCAUCUCCAAGCCAAACAAGACUCUAUCUCUCCAAAUCUGGCUUUUUCCAGGUUCAUUCGUCAGAUCCAACAACUCAUGUUCCUGCUGGGCCACAGUUCCCUCCAUCUCUGCCUCCCGAGGUCCAGCCACAACCUCCUCCCUCAUCUGAUCUGUCAGAGCACACUCCUGAAUUGAUUCCUGAGUGGGUUCUAUAUAGAUACCCACUACCUGUCCAAAAUUUCUGAUCGCAACAGUCAUCAAAUCCGUCUUCUCAUGUAACUGUUCCAAUAAAGCACUUGUCUUGCAGAAAGCACGCACCAGAGCCUCCGAGUACAUUGUUGUGCAAGGUCAAAGUCUGAUCCCACGAUCUUAAUCUAUUGCAGCUGCAAAGCUCCCCAUUUCAAAUUUAACAACAGUUUCACAAGCUCCCUCUAGGGGAAGAACUUCUAUUUGUAUCCAUCUCUUUUUUUUUUUUAAAGCAGAUCUAACAACAAAGUUUCCUUUUUCAGAUAUUUUGUCAAUAUUUUGUUCCUUUUAGCUGCGAAGGAGAACAAUGGAAUCACUAUGUUUCUCUUCUUUUAACUGUCUGUCAAAAACGUUUGUCUAUAGUCAAUGAACUUCCCGAAAACGUCUGUCCUGACACCCCGCUCCCAGGUUCAAGACGGUGGAAAAUUGCUUUUCUUUACCCUCUCUUCUGCAGGCUUAAACAGUCCAGAAAAAAUUCCCCCUCUUCUCCUGCUUCCAAAGGGGGUUCAGUAAAUUUUAGAUGAUGAAAGUUGAUCCUUUACAAACGAUUUUCUAAACUCUAGCUUGCCAUGUCUUUGCUUUAAUCUUUCUACAAAAAGCGGAAGGCUGACUUCCUGUUUAGACCUUCCCGCUUCAGUGCCAAAUUAAAAAGAAUUUCUUAGUCCAAUUUUCCGUUCUACUCACGGGUCGUUGUUUAGAGUCCAAUUGUCCAAAUUUAACCUACUCACGGGUAGUUGUUUUUGUAGCCAGAUUGUCACAGGAAAAAGGUAGCGCUCUCUGGUAACGGCUGUGCGGCUUCACUCCACAGAAGAAGCAGUUGACUCUCAGCACCGCGCCACUUGCCCCGCUUCGCUCCGGAGCCCGUAAUUGGGUUCCUUUACAAAUUGGGGGGGCGCGAAAGGUGCCCGCCGAGUCCCACGGUCACAGGCUUCACCCGCCUGUGAUUUUUUAAAGGGUCCCCGCUUCGCCGUAGCGGAACAGACCCGAUUUCUGUAGAGCCAGUCCCUCCAGAUCAGAGGGAGUGCGCCAUUACCGAUGGCGCCACCCCGGAAGUCCCAACUUAGACUUAAUUCUUAUUGUUAAUUCAUAUUGGCAAUUUUAAGUGGCAAUUUAAUUUCAGGGUCCCUGUUUUCUUUUAAAGAUUUUGAUUAGUGUAUAUACUUGUGUAUAAGCUGACUUUUUCAGCACAUUUUUAAUGCUGAAAAAGCCCCCCCCCUCAGCUUAUACUUGGGUCCCACUUACUGUUUGCUGCCGCUGCUAGUGCCACUGCCGCUCUGCCAAGCGUGGCUCCUGUGCUUGCCCUUGCGAGCGGCAAAGGCUGUUACUGGCAGGGGAAGAGGAACGAGCAGCCCGAAGGCAGCCCUUUGGGGCUGCUCCUUCCUCCUCCGCCGCCUUUGCCGCUGUCGGCAUUUCCCACCCCAGGCUUAUACUCGAGUCAAUAAGUUUUCCCAGUUUUUUUGUGGUAAAAUUAGGUGCCUCGGUUUAUAUUUGGGUCUGCUUAUACUCGAGUCCAUAGAGGUCCACAUGCAUGCAUAUCCUCAUCCACUCCUCACUGGAGGCAAGUUACUGCGUUGGGUAAUUUUGUGCUAUAGGCAUUUGUUUUUUUAACUCAGUUUAUUUGGUGGGAAUGUUAAUUUGUAGGCAUAUUUAUUUUUUGGUGCAAUUUUGCUUUACUGUUGUGGGGAAUGGAAAAAGGGAAAUAAGGAGAUGAACUUUAUUUCAAGUGUUGAGCAUAAAACUUGAACAUACAAAAUACGGCAUUGGACCAUGUAGCCCAGUGUGAUCUCAUGUGGUUGGCAGUGGCUUCUCCAGGGAUAGGUUCCAAAGCAAGCAUCUCUGCCAGCUUUGCUACUUGAUAUCCUUCUAGUUGGAGAUUAAAUUUGAGUCUUUUUAACAUGUAAUGUGCAGGUGCAGUCAACCUUGAUGGAUUAAGUUAAAAAUUAAAUGCUUAAUCAAUUGCAAUUAUUUUAGUCUGGUUUAGGCAAGUUCAGAAUUUUCCACAGCAAGAUCUACUUUUUGGAUAUUACUCUGCUCAUGAUGUCACACUGGAUGCAGUGUGGCAUCAUUUGCAUCAUGUGUGUCCAAUACUUGAGGCAGCAGUUACAAUCCUACAUAUGUGAUGCAAAUGUGCUACAGAAAUGACCCAUUUCAUCACUAGGAGAGAGGAAGUAUCCUCUUCUCUGGUGAAGGAACCCGCUCUCCUGCUGGUGCAUCAUUUAUAAAUACAGUUGGGCAGAGCUGGAUUAAUCUUAAGCAACUUUUCUUUCAUAGGAAGCUGUUACAGUUGCUGUAUAUACGUACCUCUUCUGCUACUGGUGCUGCAUAGAAUUGAGCUGUCCUUGUCUUAGUCCUCAGGUGUGAGCUUAAAUUGAAAUGCUCCUCUGGCAAACUCCCUAAAGUUGCUCAUGCAUCUGAUUUUUCACACAUUAUUGAGACGUACAUUUUUUUUUAAUUUUUUGCUCUGUUCUGUUUGCUUCCUUGGACAUAAUACUUUCUUUGCUUUCUAGCACGGGAGUCUUCAGACUUACUAAUGCUGGCAUGUUGGAAGUUUCUGCUUGUAAAAAGAAGGGCUUUCAUCCCCAUACCAAGGAUCCUAGACUAUUUAAUGUAAGCAUUACUUCUCAACAGUUUGGCUGAGUAUGUCUGUCUGUCUGUGUGUUUGUUUGUCCAGCACAAUGUCUUGCAGGAGUGAAUUCCAUAAUUGUGUGAGGAAGCACUUCCUUUUUGUCUGCCUUGAAUCUCCAAGAGGGAGAGAAGCUUCUCCCCAUCCACUCUCUCCUAUCAUGCCCCUGUAACUCUUUUUCCAAUUUAACAAGCCCCCAAUUCUGUAACCUUUCCUCAAAAGAGAGUUGUGCUCUGUCAUUCUGGGUGUUCUCUUUAUUUGUUUCUGGAGUAUACAGAACUCAUCUAGAAAGUGGGAGAGAGGAAAUGUGAAUUCUCCUUCUCCUUCCCCUUCACUGGAAAUGUUUAUUUUUGCCUGGUGAGGAAGAAGCGUAAACUGCAUAGGUUUAUAUAUGCAGCCCAGCUGCUCUGAACUAAAAUACACUAAUUUUAAAUUUAACUAAGUUAAAGUGUACUCUCUUCCAUUUCACCCCAUUGUUCCUGCUUUUUGGUCACAAUUAAAGCACUAAUUUUCCAACAUCACAGACACCAAACAUCCACUUUCAUAAGGCUGCAGGAAAAAAAUGUGACUGGUCUUACAUUGACCAAGAUGUGAUUUAGGCUGUAUGCACAGCAUUCAAAGCAUAUAAAAUGUCCCCUCUCCCCCCACAAAAAAGCAUCCUGGAAACUGUAGUUAUUUAAGGGUGCUAGGCAUUGUGCGUUGUGAAGGUUAACUACAGUUCCCAGAAUGCUUUGGGGGAAGUCAUGUGCUUUAAAUGUAUGGAAUGUAGGCAGCCUGAGACUGGGGAACUACUGCCUCCAAUUUGAUGUGUGAGUUACAAGAGAUGGCAAGGCAAGGAUGAGGAGGGAGAAUGCUGCUUUAUGGGCACCAUGGUUCUUUUCCUCUGAGCCAGCACUAACCUCCAGGAGAAGUACCAUAUUUUCAAACAGAAACGUUUUCAUGAUCUGCUGUCUCUUAAACAGCAUGUUCUCGAUUGACUUCAGAGGCAAUUUGCCUCUUGCAGCAGAUUCCUCACCGACGUAUAUCCGUGAUUGAUUUUGGCGACUUCUUUUGCAGAUAUGUAAACACGUCGUUGGGAAAGAUGUAAAAAUAACUGUAUUGGACCUGAGGUGAUGUGGAUGGGAAAACAAACCACCUCAAAAACAGCUGCCCAAAGGAGAACAUGGCUGCCAGAUUUUCCUACAGUUCCAAAAGUUACUGACAUUUUAUAUUUGUACAUUUUAGAUUUAAUAAUUUGAUAUUUAUUGCCCUUUCCCAUUUUGAGGUUAUUUUGUUGUUCUGUCAUGAUAGAGUUCAUGGUGGCAUUCAAUCAGGAUAUGUUAUUAUGCUGAAAUACUAUGAAAAUAAAGUGGACUUGAAACAGUGACAGUGAUGG